AUGGAAUCCCUCAACCGCGACCCCACAGUUGACUCCGAGUUUGCCAAUGAAUUUGCGGAAAUCGAAUCAACACAUGAUCAGCGAGCCAAAGCACAGCUUUACAGCGAGCUACUCACCAAAAUAAUCAACAAACCUUCUAGUUCUCUUGCACGAGACCUUACCCUCUUCUUUGGGGCUAUUUUUGGCAGUGAAAUAAGUGUCAUUGCAACCCGGCCUCUCCUUGAUAGGUUCAUUAGCUCCCUUAAGCCUCUCCCCGCAAAUAUUAGGAUACAAGUCGGACUACCUGCUAUCACUGUCCUUCAGACGCGCGCAACUUCAGUUGAAGAGCAAGAUGCACUCUUGCGUGAGACACUUGCAGAUGCAUACGAGGAAGUGGAAGAAUACUCCGACGCUGCAAGAGUGCUGCAGGGAAUUCAUCUGGACAGCUCGCAGCGCCAUAUAAGCGAUGAAGAAAAAAUUCGUAUGUGGAUUAGGAUAAUACGUUUAUACUUAGAAGACGACGACGCGGGUGGCGCUGAAAUGUUUCUAAACAAAAUAAAAAACCUACCAACCAAAACCGAGGACCCAGCUCUACAGUUACAUUUCCAAUUAUCCCAGGCCAGAAUCCUUGAUGCACGACAACGGUUUCUUGAGGCCAGCCAGGAAUAUCUUGCUGUUAGCUUAGCUAGCGGUGUAGAUGAAGAAGAUCGGUUGCAAGCUCUUUCUGCGGCAAUCAGAUGCGUGGUUUUAGCUCCUGCCGGUCCCCAGAGAUCACGAGCAUUGUCCAGGUUAUAUAAAGAUGACCGGUCUUCUUCUCUGGAAGAAUAUAGUAUCUUGGAGAAGAUAUUCCGUGACCAGUUGUUGACAGAAGAUGAAGUUACCAAUUUUGCUUCUGGCUUAGUUCCCCACCAACUGGCACAGACAGCCGACGGAUUGACAGUUCUAGAUAAGGCAGUUAUCGAACACAACCUGCUAGCCGCCUCUAGGCUAUACGAGAACAUCCAAGUAGAUGAUCUAGGCUUGAUUCUAGGUCUUAAAGCAUCCGGCGAGAUGACUGCUGGCGAGAAGGCAGAGGCCUACGCUGCCAGAAUGUUGGAACAGGGUCGGCUGAAGGGGAGUAUUGACCAAAUUGAGGGCGUAAUCAGCUUCGACUCUGAGAUAUAUGGAGAUGGGAUGACUGACCGUAGUCUGAGAUACUGGGAUGCAGGGGUUCAACAUCUUGCUCAGGAUGUGGAAAAUGUAGCAGCGGCUAUCAUGGACGAGUUUCCAGAAUUUUCUACUACUCAAAUGGUGCAUUAG